AACAUCAUGGAGGGUUCAAGUCAAAGUCAUCCAUUCAUGGCGUCUAAACAUCGAAAAUGGUGAAACACUUGAGUUGGUUUUGUCAGAUUCGAUGAGUAAAAAGAUUCAUGCAUCAGUCAAGAAUUCAUUGGUAAACAAACAUGUGAAUAGGCUUACUAUUGGUAACUGGGUUUUCAUUGAGACAUUUGCUCUUAGCUAUGCAACUGGUCAAUUCAGACCAACCACGCAUCUUUACAAGAUGUCAUUUACCAAUGGAACUAUGGUAAUGGACAGUGACCCUGUUUCUGAUGCUAGCUUCCUUACCUUAACUAAGUUCAAAUCCAUCCACAGUGGUCAAGCUAAUCCCCACAUAUUUGUUGGUAAGUAUGUACUUAAAAUAGUUUCAAUAUACACUCAAUAUAUAUAUUUAAAGGUUCCAUUUUGCAGAGGUUAUUGGUCAAAUUGUGAGUUUGGGUGAAUUGGAGGACCUCGAAGCCAAUAACAAGCCUACCAAAAAACUCAAUUUUGAGCUACGGGACGAAACAGAUGACAGAAUGUCAUGUACCUUGUGGGGUUCAUUGGCCGGGCACGUAUUUACAUACGUGUCAAGACUCUGAUGGAAGCAUCAUCACCUGUGUCCUCAGAUUUGUGAAGAUAAAAUCCUUCAAGGGUGUAAACUAUUUGACUAAUUCGUUUGAUGCAUCUCAAGUCCAUGUGAACCCACUAUUCAAUGAAGUUGAUGUUUUCAGACAAGUGCUCCCCGAUGAUGGGCUCUCUCUCAUAUGUCGUCAGAGACAACCAAGGUGGGGGAUGGUUGCUGUUCAAGCUGAUAAUGCAGAAGAUUUUCCUAGGAGAACUAUUGAAGAGUUGAAGAAUUCUGUUGAGAUUGGAAAGGCAAGGAUUCAUGUCACUGUCUACGCCAUUGACACAGACUGGGCUUGGUACUAUAUUAGUUGUCGUUCUUGCAAUAAGAAAGUCGAGAAAGUAAACGAUGGGGAUAAUGGGUUGAAUAACAAAAGGUCAAAACCAAGGUUUUGGUGUUACAAUUGCAAUACUGUCGUCACUAAUGUUGUAUCACGGUUCAUGCUCUAUGCUAAUGUCAUGGACUCUACUGGUGAGACAAAAUUACUGUUGUUUGAUUCUAUUUGCUCUGAGAUCAUUGGGCAGUCUGCCCCAUCAGUUCUUGGUGGCUCAGUUGAUGAGAUUAUAGAUCCAGAAAAUUUGCCUGAUCCAGUGAAAAGUCUUAUUGGAAAGACUUAUCUCUUUCUGGUAAAUGUCGAGAAAGCUCACAUAUUUGAUGGUAAAGACAACUACAAGGUCUCCAAAGUCCUCUUGAAAGAUGGGUUACUCGACGAACAACUGUUGGAAAAUUCAUCUGACACACUAAAUGCAACACCUACUGUAACUGGUGACCAAGGACCUCUCAUGUUAGAAUGUAGCCCGCAAGUGACCGACUCUACUACUCCAUCCUCCAAGCGUAUUUACCCUGCUAACAGCGGGACUUCUAAUCAAAACUCAACUUCUAAAAAGUUGUGUAUUGAACCAGUAGAUUUAGAAAAGUCUAAUCCGGAAUUUCGAGCUGAAAGAGUUCAUGAAAAAACUCAAGGAUCAAACAACAAGGAUGGGGUUGGAAAACAGAUGGGUGUCUACGAUGGCAGUGUUGUGACCAAAUCUAUGGAUGAGGGAAAAGAAAAGCCGGUCGGAGUUAAGAUCAAGGUUGAAAAGAAGGAAUGAUUUGUGUCUUGUGUUUUCAGUUUUUCUUUUGUUUUCAAACUAUUUCAAUUUCAGUUUUGCUUUUGUUUUCUCAUGUUACAACUUCCACAGUUUGUCUCUUCUUGCUUUCGUGAUAUUGUUUCAAGAAAAUAAUUGCUGUUUUCCAGCUAUCUUCUCAAACUUUUGAGUUGCUAUUAUAAAUUUUUUAUUUCUAUCUC